GGUGGGGAUUUUGUUAGCUGGCUACAUUUGUUAUCAUCCUGGAUACUACUCGGCACUGACAAUCGCCGGGGGGAACGGUGACAGGUGUAAAACAGGAUCCCUCAUCAUAGUUUAAUCAUGGCCUUCAGCAAAGGUUACCGUAUUUACCACAAACUGGAUCCACCCCCCUACAGUGUCAUCGUGGAGACACGAAAUCGAGAUGAGUGCUUGAUGUUUGAGUCUGGGGCUGUCGCAGUUUUGUCUGCUGCAGAGAAAGAGGCCAUCAAAAACACAUACACCAAGAUGCUGGAUGCGUAUGGCAUUUUGGGAGUUCUCCGCCUCAACUUGGGAGACUCCAUGCUGCACAGUCUUGUGGUGGUGACCGGUUGUAGCUCAGUGGGGAAAGUCCAAGACUCCGAGGUGUUCCGGGUCACAGCCACGGAAUUUGUGUCCCUGAAGAAUGACCCGUCCGAUGAGGACCGCAUAUCAGACGUUCGGAAGAUCCUCAGCUCGGGGAACUUCUACUUCGCCUGGUCGUCCACUGGGGUCAGCAUGGACCUGAGUCUCAACGCCCACCGCAGGAUCAAAGAGGACACCACAGAUAAUCGCUUCUUCUGGAACCAAUCCCUCCACCUCCACCUGAAACACUACGGGGUGAACUGUGACGAUUGGCUCCUGCGUCUUAUGUGCGGUGGCGUGGAGAUCCGCACCAUCUACGCGGGCCACAAGCAGGCCAAGGCCUGUGUCAUCUCCAGGCUGAGCUCGGAGCGGGCCGGCACGCGCUUCAAUGUCCGCGGGACCAACGACGACGGCCAGGUGGCCAACUUUGUCGAGACUGAGCAGGUCAUUUUCCUUGAUGACAAAGUGUCCUCAUUCAUUCAAAUCCGUGGCUCUAUACCACUGUUCUGGGAACAGCCUGGCAUUCAGGUUGGCUCUCACCGUGUCAAGCUGUCUCGAGGCUUUGAGGCGAACGCACCAGCUUUCGAGAGACAUUUCACUGGAGUGCGUGGACUCUAUGGAAAGCAAGUGAUCCUCAACCUCUUGGGGAUGAAGGAGGGAGAGCACAUGCUGAGCAAAGCCUUCCAGAGCCAUCUGAAAGCUUCUGAACAUGCAUCCACAGUGAGGAUGAUCAACUUCGACUACCAUCAGAUGGUCAAGGGAGGCAAAGCAGAGAAGCUGCACAGCGUGCUCAAGCCCCAGGUCAGCAAGUUCCUGGAGGAAUGCGGCUUCUUUUACUACUCUGGAGAAACAGGCAUCCAGAGAUGCCAGACUGGGACCCUUCGCGUCAACUGUCUGGACUGCUUGGACCGAACCAAUAGUGUCCAGGCCUUUUUUGCACUAGAGAUGCUGCCCAAACAGCUGGAGGACAUGGGGCUGACGGAGAAGCCCCAGCUGGUGGCUCGCUUCCAGGAGGUCUUUCGCACCAUGUGGUCCGUCAACGGAGACUCGGUCAGCAAGAUCUACGCCGGUACAGGAGCCCUGGAUGGCAAGGCUAAGGGGGGAAAGCUGAAAGACGGCGCCCGCUCGGUCACCAGAACCAUCCAGAACAACUUCUUUGACAGCUCCAAGCAGGAGGCCAUUGACGUCCUGCGGCUGGGCAGCACCCUGAACAGCGACCUGGCCGACAAGGCCCGCGCCCUGCUCACCACCAGCAGCCUUUAUGUCUCUGAGCCCGUAUUACAAUCAGCGUCACCAAGAGUUUUACUGGGCAUGUGCCAGAACUAUCACAAGUACACCCAGCCCAAGCAGAUCAGGGUGUGCGUGGGCACCUGGAACGUCAACGGUGGCAAGCAGUUCCGCAGUAUCGCAUAUCGGAACCAGACCCUCAAUGACUGGCUCCUGGACGCCCCCAUGAAGGCAGGCCACCCAGAAUUCCAAGAUGGCAAAGCUGAGCCUGCAGACAUCUUUGCCAUUGGCUUUGAGGAGAUGGUGGAGCUGAAUGCUGGAAACAUAGUCAGUGCAAGCACCACUAAUCAGAAGCUGUGGGCGGCCGAGCUGCAGAAGAACCUCUCCCGCGAUUGCAAAUAUGUGCUGCUGGCGUCCGAGCAGCUCGUUGGAGUGUGUCUGUUUGUGUUCAUCCGCCCCCAACACGCCCCGUUCAUUCGGGAUGUUGCUGUGGACACAGUGAAGACCGGCAUGGGCGGAGCUACAGGCAAUAAAGGGGGCGUGGCCAUUCGCUUGCUGUUCCACACCACCAGCAUGUGCUUUGUGUGCUCACAUUUUGCCGCCGGCCAAUCACAGGUCAAGGAGAGGAACGACGACUACAAUGAGAUUACGCGCAAGCUCACCUUCCCCAUGGGUCGUCUGCUGUACUCCCAUGACUACGUGUUCUGGUGCGGAGACUUUAACUACCGCAUCAGCAUGCCCAAUGAGGAGGUCAAGGAGCUGAUCCGCCAGCAGAACUGGGACUCCCUCAUCGCUGGAGACCAGCUGGUGGACCAGAAGAACGCUGGUCUGGUUUUCCGCGGCUUCAUUGAGGGGAAGUUAGACUUUGCUCCCACCUACAAAUACGACUUGUUCUCUGAGGAUUAUGACACCAGUGAGAAGUGCCGCACGCCGGCCUGGACCGACCGAGUGCUGUGGAAACGCAGGAAGUGGAACUUUGACAAGACCGCUGAGGAGAUGAAUAUGAAUGUGGUGGGCGCUCCUUCAUCUGAAGAGGAGGAUAUGACACCCUGGAGCCCAGGAACACUCAAGUACUACGGCAGAGCUGAACUCAAGACCUCUGAUCACAGACCCGUGAUGGCCGUCAUAGACGUGGACGUGCUGGAGGUGGACCCGGAGGCGCGUCACCAGGUCUACAAGGACGUGAUCGCACUGCAGGGUCCCCCCGACGGCACCAUCCUGGUGUCGCUCUGCACCUCUGGACCAGACGACUACUUUGACGACGCGCUGAUCGACGAGCUGCUCGACAAGUUUGCCGCCUUCGGCGAGGUCAUUCUCAUCAGGUUUGUUGAGGAGAAGAUGUGGGUCACGUUCCUGGAGGGCUACUCUGCUCUGGCCGCACUGUCACUCAGUGCGUCUGAGGUGUUGGGGAAGAUCAUAGAUGUGCGUCUGAAGAGCCCGGGCUGGAUUAAGAGCCUGGAGGACGAGAUGAGUGUGGAGAGAGUCUUUGGCAGCAUCCCCACCUCAGCCAGCUCCACGCUGCUAGCAGAGGACUCCUACGUGGGAGAGGACGAAUUCGACAUGGAGGGUGACGUGGAUGAGGAAGUGGAGGAGAUCCUGCCGCAGCACCUGCAGCCUGGAGCGGGCGUCGGCCCCGGCUCGUCCCCACUGCCCUCCCCCCGCGGCAGCCCCUGCCACUCGCCCACCCACGGGGAGCCGGCCGCCCCUAGCCGCCCCAGUCGGGCACCACCGCGCUCCACCGGACAAGCACAGGGAAGUUUAAGCCCCGUGCCUUUCAGGAGAGAUCUGUCAGGUUCUCCAGUGGACUCUGCAAUGGGCGGACCGUCGUCUCAGGGUUUGGAACCCAAGCGGGCCCCUCCCCCGAGGCCCAACGCGCCUCCGGCUCGUCCGGCACCCCCACAGCGCCCACCACCGCCCUCAGGCGGUAGAAGUCCCAUACCUGGUAGAAGGGAUUCAGCAGGCGGUAGAAGUCCCAUACCUGGUAGAAGGGAUUCAGCAGGACAAAAAAGCCCUGCAUUAUCCCGAGCCGACCCUGCAGGGCGCGGCCAGGCUGCUGCAGGAGCAGUCGGACGACCGAAUAUCCCAGCGCGUGCAGGGGUCAUCAGUGUUCCACCGGUGGCCAGACCCCCACCCCCGGCUCACCCUGGAGCUCCGCGCCCCGCGGCUGACGUGCACCCCGGAGCCCCACGGCCGGCCCCCGACAUGCACCCCGGAGCGCCGCGCCCCGCCCCCGAAGCCCAGAGCAGACCAGCGCAGCCGCCCGCCGGUCCACCUCCUGCAAUACCAGGACCUAUGAGACCCCAGAUGGCGCCUCCCAUGCAACCCCAGAUGGCUCCCCCCAUGCAGGCGCAGAUGGCGCCUCCCAUGCAGCCUCAGAUGGCGCCCCCCAUGCAGCCUCAGAUGGCGCCUCCCAUGCAGCCUCAGAUGGCAACCCCUAUGCAGCCUCAGAUGGCGCCUCCCAUGCAACCCCAAGCAUCAGUGCAGCAGCGUCUGCCGACCCCUCUCCUGCCCUCUCCGAUGCAGCCGCAGUCGGCCGCCGGCGGCCCCCAGGCAUCUUCUCCGGUCGGCCCCCCGCCACCCCAGCCGGGCCUGGCCUCCCCCAAGCCCCCGCCGCGCAGCCGCUCUUCCCACACCAUCCCCCCGGAGUCGGCCCAGGGCCCAGGCCCAGCCCCGGCCCCGGCUCCAGCUCCAGCUCCAGCCUCACAGGUCAACGGACUGAACGGCCUCCAGCGAGAAGCACAAUGGAAACCAGACCCCUUCGACACGCUGUCCUCCGACCUCUUCCCUGCGCCCUCCUCCUGGCUCAACACCCAGUCCCUGACCCGCAGCAGCUCGCUGCGCUCCGGCCCACUCCCGCCGCCCCAGCCCCGCUCCUCGUCCUCGGCCACGCUGACCCCUGCCUCCCGCUCGCUGCACUCGGCGCCCCUCUUCUCCACCGCGUCCUCCUCCUCGCCCUCGUCGUCCCCCCUGCAGGCGCCCUUCUCCUCAUCCUCCUCUUCCUCCUUCUCCUCUGCCUUUGCGUCCCCGGCGACGUGGGACUCGUCGUCCGGCAGCACGCCCUCCCUCCUGCCUCCGCCGCCACCGGUGCCGUCGCGCAGCCGCUCGCAGGAGACGCUGUCGCGCGUCUCCCCCAACCCCUUCCUGAGCGAGCAGCCCCCCGCCCCCAGCAGCAGCAGCAGCAGCAGCAGCAACCCCUUCACGGGCGGCCUGGCUCUGGCCCACACGCAGCGCCGCUCGCUCACGCCAGACUUCUCCGCACAGCAGCAGGCUCAGGCCGCCUCGGCCUUCCAGAGGACCAUGUCCGCCAUGUCUGCUUUCGCCCCCAAACAGCCCGCCUUCCCACUGACCCCACUGACCCCCCUCACGCCCAUCCCCGUCCCUGCCCCUGCUGUCGCCCCUCCUGCCCCUGCCCCAGACACGCGCAAGCAGCAGUGGGUCACGUUCGACGAUGACUCAGACUUCCUGCUCAGAGGGAAGGCCUCCGCCACAGCGGCGGCGGCCGCAGCCCCCCUACUUCCUCUCUCCACGCCCAGCCCAGCGUCGUUUACACAGGCCCAAAUGCAGCCUCCCGCCUCUGGCCUCGGCAUCGAGAACAGCUGGGGCUCCACCUCCUCUUCCUCCUCCUCCACCACGUCAUUUCCCAUCCUGCCGCCCCCCCUCCCCACCAGGACUAACCCAAACCACCCACACACACCCACACGAACGAGCGAGUUCACCGAGAGAUGAGUGUGUUGAUUGAUUGUUGUUCAAAGAGUGCGUGCGCGGAAAAGAAUAUCUAGAGAAAAAUAUUGCGUACAUGUAUGUGUAUUAUGGUUUGUAUAAAGUGCGGUGUAUAGGACAGGUUUGAACUCUUCAUUCCCAAUCCCCAUUAACCAGGCACUCAAAGUCUGUCAUUUAAGAAAACGUAGAGAUAUUCCAUGCAGCAUCAUUGCACGAGAUGGGAUCAAGAAUAUCAGAUGUUAUUUUCAUUUAAGCAGGAGAAUGUGCCUGUGUCUGUUAUAUUUAUGAAAAGUAUAUACAAAUAUAUAUAUAUAUAUAUAUACAUACAUACAUAUAUGCGCACAGAUGCGUGUGUGUGUGUGUAUAUGUGUAAAAUACUGUGCAAUACUGUUGUAUGGCCAUAUGCUACCAUUUUACCAGUUAGCCGAAGUCUGCACAAUACGUAGUGGACCACCUGCACACACAGAUUUCUUUGUCAUGGUCACUGUGGCCUCUUCCACUAAGACUUCCAGCUGACCCCCCUCCCCAAAACACAUUAUACUAUGCCCCUGGAGACUCUUUGUAUUGCUUUAUUUUACUUAUGCACCUGAGCAGGAGUGAUUUUAAUGGGAUGUCACAAGAACUGCAGCGACUCACAUGCCAGGCUACGCCUGUUAGUUGUCACCACAGUCAUAUCAGUAAGAGAAGUAGCCUGAACCAUUGAUAUUAUUUUUCAGUAGUGCUUUCUUUGCCAUGAAUGUACAUUCAGUUUGCUUUGCCUCUUGUCUCGACAAACGCAUAUUCGUGUGUGCAAGCAGUCAGCGCAAAUGGCAUGUUGCAAGCCACUGCAAAGGUUACUUAGCACUGGCGACUGGACCCCUUUUGACGGACAGACACUGGUCAGUGCCAGUCAGUAUCAUGUGUCCACAUGUGGUGUCUCUUGUGCCCAUACUGUAUCUUAAUGCAUACUAACAGAAGCAUUUUCCCUUCCAUGUAUUGUGAAACCAGCAACUUGGUGUGUAUAUAUAUAUAUUUAUGGUAUAUACAUGUCAUAUCUAAAAUGCACUGAAAAGUCAAUGUCUUUGGGGCUUUCAAGGUUUGUUUUGAAGCCAAAGUUUGAGGCGUCUGGCUUACGUCUGGCUUACUGGCAGAGCAUAUCAGUUCCACUGGCAUAGUUAACUUCAGUGUGCCACUCACUCUUCGGCUACGUGUGAUCUAGUGCUUCUGUGUCUUCUGAUCCAAAGCAUUGAGCAGUACUGCUGUAUAUUUAAUGAAUUUUAAUGAAUGUGGUGUAAUUGUUCUGUUAAGAUAUGAUAUCCAGACGUUAUUGAUAGGAAGCCGUGGUCCACAUCGGUGUUUGUGUUUGUGAGUGUGUGAAGUGUGCGUGUAUGUGAGAGUGCAAUGAACUUGUGCUGGCUUUUUUCUUUUGAAGUCCACCUCUAGAGAUGAAAUUGAAAUUUUGGUUUUAAUUAAUUGGUUUUAAUUCUGGUGUUUUUGUUUCAAUCUGUAAAAGUACUGUCUUCCUGUCACAUAAUGCAUACUGUGUGCGUGUGGAUGUGCAGGCUGUAACAGGACCACUGUGUUUUCUCAUAGCAGUAGAUGCAUUUUAAAAGGAAACUCGCUCUUGGAUAGAAAUGGCUGCCGACCCUAUCAAAGUGGCUGCCAUGAAUAACACCUUCAACAAAACGGUCUAGCUUUUUGGAUCAUGUACGAAAGGGCAGGCAUGCACAUUUGCAAUGCAUAUCAGAGAAUAUGCUGCUUGUCCGCUUAUUGCUCUUUGUAGGACUUUGUGAAAAGAGUUGCUUUCAGCACUGCCAGUAUCUAUUGCUCUUGGGUUUCCACCUUCCUACAUUUUAAAAAAUGAGUUUUUAAAACAGUGGCACCUCUAGGCCACCGUAUUAUUUUUCACGACUGUACCACUCCCACAAGGCAACACAGCUGAGCAGUCCUUUGCUGCAGUGGGUGGCCAUGCGGGGACGUUUUGUGUGAUGGGACAUUUUUAUCAGAUUUCACAGCUUUCAGUAUUUGAAACAUUUCCAUGAUCAGUCAUUGCUUUUCAUCAUGCCCCUUCUUAAAUAAACAGACACUUGUGUGAAGGAUUCUAACCAUGGCACCAAAAGUUUUAUGUAUGUGUUUAAAUGUGGUCUUGUCGAAGCAGCAGUGGCGUCAGUAUUGUACCUUUUAUCGUACUACCUACUAUUUCUGUAUUGUUGGGUUUACAUGUAACUGCACAUGCAUUAAUGAACAUCAGUGGAUGGCUUAAAUGUGGAGGAUUGCACAUGGCACUUGGAGGAUUGCAACAUUACCCUUUGAGCGAGGUGGUCCAUUCCUUUCUACUGGAAGCCUUGAUGGCACCACCAGGUAGCUUGUUUUGACUUCUUUUCUAAAAAGGGGCAAGGCCUUACCAGUGGUGGAAAGCGCAGGGUAAGAAAAAUGCCUCUUAGUAGCCUACUAAAUCCAGUGCAUCAUUUGCUCAGUAACAGUAACAGCCACUUUCUGUAUUUACACUCACUGAUUAGGGAUGUCUUUGCAACAUGAUUUCAUGACCGUUUAGUUGGUGUGAGAUCACUUCCGAUAGGAACUCUUGGAAAGCUUUGAUAUUGUGAUUGGGGUGUACAGUGAAUGAGAGCGUUCAAUCUGAGAGACGUAGAGCCAGAGGCAUAAGGGGAUCGCUUUUACUUAAAAGGCCAGAUUUUCUAGGAGUCUGUUUACUCCCUUUGUGAGGUGAAUGUUCCCUUGUAGCUGUAACCCAGUAGUGACAAAAAUGCUGUUGUUGACCAUAUUCUGUAUAUCAAAGAAACCAGGAACUACAGACCAUUAAUUAGUAUUUAAACAUCUGUGAUUCAUGUGCAAAACUGAGUGCACAGUUCUUGUAUGAAGCAAUUGGUGUUGUAUGUAUGCAAUAAUAAAUAUAUAUCAAACUGA